AUGGACGAUAAUAAGCUCAAAAACGAGGUAGACGUAGACAUGGAUCAGGUUUACAACGGCCCGCAGAAACCUGUCGUCGUAAUUCUCGUAGGUCUCGUAGGCUCUGGCAAGUCAACAUUUGCCAAAGCUUUAGAGACGCACUUUCCUCAGUUUCGAAGACUCAACCAGGACGAGCUCAAGGACCGGCGCCGUGUCGAGCGUUUGACUCUCCAGACCCUUUCUGAAGGUCUCUCUGUCAUCAUUGACCGGACGAACAUCGACCAAAAGCAGCGGAAAACAUGGGUUGAUAUAGCAGAUCAGUUCAGCCGCGUUGAAGCCUGGGUUAUUACGAUGAAUACUCCAUAUGAAGAAUGCGCGGCACGGCUACGCACAAGGACGGACCAUCCAACGAUCAAGAACUGGGCCACCGCGCAAGUGGUUCUCAAGAGAUUCUCCAACGAGUUUGAAGAGCCAAGUCCCAUGGAGGGGUUCGAUAAGAUGUAUGAUCUUGCUCCACACCCGACGGGUAUCUGGGAGAAGAAAGACAUUGCAAAGGUACUCAGGGAAAUUGAGAGUUCUCCUAGCACUCGCAUUGAAGCUCCGGGCAGCUCUAAGCUUUCUGAACUCGCGCUCUACGUCGGUCUGCCGCUGGCUGUCGCCGCGUCUGCCGUUGGGGUAGCACAUCAUUUUCUUGGCAAGCCACGAGCCAGUUGA